AUGCAUCUUGCGGGCAACCUUAGUGAUCUUCUUCUUGCGCUCUGGUGUGGAACAAUGGACUGUGCACCAACCGACAAUGUCGACACAUGGGACUGGGCUGUCCUGCGUGAUGAAGAUGGCUGGAUUGCACAUGGAAAAGCUGUGGAGGUCGCAGGGCCAUAUCUCCCAGGCUCGUUCGAUCGAAAACCUCAGAAUAUUGCCGAGAAGAUGAAUACUGACUACAAGACUUGGGAAUUUCACCUAUAUACCUUCGGCCUUGGUCCUGCACUACUCUACAACAUUCUGCCUGAGCCCUAUUGGCUCAAUUACUGCAAGCUCGUGCGCGGGUUUCAAAUUAUGAGUCAGCACAGUCUCACAGCAGAAGAUCUCAUCGGUGCAUUCAUUCUCCUUGGUACUUGGGUGCGAGAGUUCGAGACCCUCUAUUAUCAGCUCAGAGAGGACCAUUUGCAUUUUGUACUGCCCAUGUAUCCACCAGACCAGUCAUCUUGUGACAGAGACAGUUCAGAAGGGCCCCCCAAUCUGCUAGUGCCCAGUGGACAAUGGAACGUACUAUCGGAAGCCUCGUGUAUGGUCAACACACUCCUAUCUAUAAUGCCUGAUCUCGAUGAACCUCGCAAACAUCUUUCGGACACUGCUGCUGAUCUAGGAGAUGGGUAUGCUUUGCUUCGAAAGCGAGACAGGUAUGCAAAGCUCCCUGUCGGAGAAGAAGCACAGGCUAUGUCUGAUUUCCUUGGACCCAUUCACCCACUCCCUUGCAUCAAAAAAUGGUCACGACUUCUAUUACCAAAUGGACAAAUUGCACGCUCUGCCUGGAGGGAGAGGCUGAGGUCCCUCGACAAGACAUGGAUAUCCCGUAAUGUCAAACUAUCAAUCAAUGGACAAACUCGAUUCGCUGAAGUUCUGUACUAUAUGAGACUAGCAGUUGCUGAUCCAGACGCAGAUGAUCCAGACGAUGAAGCUGGCUACCACUUCAUUAACAUUGCUGUCAUUCAAAUGUACUCUCCCCCUGAUGAUCAACUUCUAUGGCUCUCAUCUCAGACAGUUAUUUCAUGCACACUCCUCGAUGAAGUCUCCAUUGUCAAUGUCAAGAAAAUCAUUAGCGUCAUCGCAAUGAUCCCGCAUAAACCAAGACUGCCAUCAGGCAUUACCGAGGAUCGCUUUUUCAUGCUAGAAAAACCAGGGUUAGACAUCGCAAAUUUUGGGAUUCCAUACUAUGAAAACCUUGCCGAUGAUGCAGAGGAUGAUGAAGAUGUUAAUCUCGAGUAG